AUGGAUUCCAUAUCUUUCUUUCGCAAUGCAAUUGUUUCUAUUUUAGUCUUCGUCUUGCUUCACACACCAUGUGAAGCUCAACUUUCUCCAUCAUUUUAUAGCAGUACAUGUCCAAAUGCACUGAGUGUAAUCCGCACCUCAAUCCGGCGAGCAGUGUCCAGAGAGCGCCGGAUGGCAGCCUCUCUCAUUCGCCUCCAUUUUCAUGAUUGUUUUGUUCAGGGCUGUGAUGCGUCAAUCCUAUUAGACGAAACCCCUUCUAUAGAAAGUGAGAAAACUGCAUUACCAAAUGUUAAUUCUGUAAGAGGUUAUGAAGUCAUAGAGGCUGCCAAGAGAGAAGUUGAGCGGAUAUGUCCUGGAGUUGUUUCCUGCGCAGACAUACUCGCUGUAGCGGCCCGGGAUGCCUCAGCUGCUGUUGGUGGCCCAUCAUGGAAUGUAAAUCUUGGAAGAAGGGAUUCUACUACGGCAAGUCGUUCAGUGGCUAACACUGAUCUUCCGACUCCUUUUAACGAUCUCGGUACCCUUAUUUCUGCCUUCGCCAACAAAGGACUUAGUACCAGAGACAUGGUGGCCUUAUCAGGAGCACACACGAUAGGCCAAGCACAGUGUUUUCUUUUCCGCAAUAGGAUUUACAGCAAUGGAACAGACAUUGAUGCCGGGUUUGCCAGCACUCGUAGGCGCGGAUGCCCUACAAACAGUGGAGACAACAAUUUGGCAGCACUUGAUUUGGUGACACCCAAUUCAUUUGAUAACAAUUACUUUAAGAAUCUGAUGCAGAGAAAGGGACUCCUUCAAUCAGACCAAGUUCUAUUUGGUGGAGGACCAACAGACAGUAUCGUUUCCGAGUACAGUAGAAAUCCAAGAACAUUCUUGUCUGAUUUUGGAAAUGCCAUUAUCAAAAUGGGGGACAUUGAACCACUCACAGGCCAAAAUGGGAUCAUAAGAAGGAUCUGUAGUGCCAUAAACUAG